UUCUCUUUAGUAUAUAUAGAUAUUAUGAUAACAACGAAGAAGAAUAUAGCAGAUUUAGCAAAUGCGACGUCUGCAGAGAAAAGAGUUAUGAAUACAGUUAUUGUUGUUACCGUUGCAACUUCAACAUUCACAUCGGAUGUUCUUCUUUAUCACUCACCAUCCAAACUGAAGUCCAUGACCACCAAUUGACUCGUAGCAUUUGGAAGCUGAUGAAGUUCACUUGCGACUUCUGUGGCAAAAAAGGCAAUCUGCCCUAUUGUUGUGUCCAAUGCGAUUUCGCUAUACAUUCACGUUGUGCUGCUUGCCCACGUAGACUGAAAGUUUUCCGUCACAACCACCCUCUCCACCUAACCCAUUCUCUUGAAUUCCAUCAAUCCGACUCUCCAAUUUGUCUACUCUGUGUUCGAAAAGUGGAUACACUCUGGCUUUACUAUUGCUCAAGAUGCGAUUUUGCUGCCCACCUCUAUUGUGCUAUGUUGCAUUGGAAUUGGGAGCACAUAAAUUUGCAGAAACUUAUAGAGGAGCAGGCCACCGAGUCAAAAUCUGAAGAUCCAGAGCUCCAUCAGUCCUUUGACUCAGAAAUUCGCAAAGUCAUAAAAACCACUGUGAGGGAAGACAGAACUGAAAUAGCCACAGAAAUCAAGCACUUCAGUCACGAGCAUAAUUUGAAGCUUACUGAUGAGAUUCCGAAUAACACAAAAUGCAACGGGUGCGUACAUUCCAUUCUCUCUCCAUUUUACAGCUGUACCCAGUGUAGCUUCUUUCUUCAUAAAUCUUGUUCUAAAUUACCCAAAAUAAAACGACACUCACUUGAUCCACACCCUCUCACCCUCUGUUAUCAGCAAGCUUCUUUUUCGUGUAAAGGCUGUGGGCAGACUUGCAAUGGCUUAAAAUACCAAUGUCAAAUAUCCAACCUUAAUUAUAAUGUUCAAUGUAUUUUAUUAUCAGACACCCUUACUCAUGCCGGUCAUGAGCAUCGUCUUUACCUCUCCAUGACAAACUCUCUGCAAAAGUGUAGUAGUUGUAGUUCUGAAAUGUAUAGAGUAUUUCGUUGUGCCACCUGUGAUUUUGUUCUUGACUUCAAAUGCGCUACACUACCACUAACCACAUGGUACAACCAACAUGAACAUCCAUUCACUCUCCAUUAUACUCCUGAAGAUGACUCUGGUGAAUAUUAUUGUGAUAUCUGUGAAGAAGAACGAGAUCCCAAGCAAUGGUUCUACUAUUGUGCAGAGUGCAGCUUUCCUGCUCAUCGCAAUUGUAUUCUUGGGGAAAAUCCAAAUGUCAAGUAA